GGCUCAGUGAUAACUAGCAUUGCACCGGUGCGCUUUCGUAUGUUGCACUUGCACAGACAAUUACCGUAUACUCGCAAGGACAGUGUGGCGAACACGCCCAUAGUAGCGUUAAAAAACAGAAAACGUACAUUAGCUUAGCAACACAACUUUUCAAUACCAGCAUAUCUGUUGACGCGAGCCGGCGCGAUGAGCGCUCUCAAGCGUGUGGCCCUUCUGGGCGCUGCGGCUGCUGGCGGUGCGGCUGCCUUCUACUCGGUUGCUGACGUGGACACUCAGAUGCGCAUGGCGAGCGGGGUGAUGCCGCUGCUGCGGCUGCUGGAUGCGGAGACCAGCCACGUGCUGGCCAUCCAGGCCGCCGCACGUGGCUGGCUGCCCCGCGACACCCGACCCGACCCCCCCUCGCUGCACACCAAGGUCUUUGGGCUGAGCUUCUCCAACCCCAUCGGCCUGGCUGCCGGCUUCGACAAGAACGCGGAGGCGGUGGAGGCCAUGAUGGGGCUGGGCUUCGGGUUCGUGGAAGUGGGCUCCAUCACUCCCAAGCCGCAGCCCGGUAACCCCACGCCGCGCGUCUUCCGCAUCCCAGAGCUCAAAGCCGUCAUCAACCGCUACGGCUUCAACAGUCUGGGUGCGGACGCGGUGCAGGACCAGCUGCUGGCGUGGGAGCGGGCGGUGGAGAAGGAGCCGGGCAUCAAGAGAGGCCCGCUGGGAGUCAACUUUGGCAAGAACAAGAGCAGCAAGGACGCGGCGCAGGACUACUGCAUCGGCCUCACGCGGCUGGGCACGCACGCGGACUACCUGGUGGUGAACGUGUCCAGCCCCAACACGCCAGGUCUUCGCUCGCUGCAGGGCCGCAAGGAGCUGGAGGCGCUGGUGAAGCAGGUGAAGGGCACUCGCGACCGCAUGGUGUGGGGCCCCGGCGGCCCGCCCCCGCUGCUCAUCAAGGUUGCCCCCGACCUGAGUGAGCCCGACAAGCAGGACAUCGCAGCCGUGGCGCUGGCGUGCGGGGUGGACGGACUCAUCGUGUCAAACACAACCAUCCAGCGACCAGGUGUGGUUGCCGAGUUCGCGGCGGCGCAGGAGGCGGGCGGGCUGAGCGGUGCGCCGCUGUUCGAGAUGAGCACCGCCGUGCUGGCCGACAUGUACCGCCUGACGGGGGGGCGGCUGCCGCUGGUGGGCUGCGGUGGAGUGAGCAGCGGGGAGGACGCGUACCGCAAGAUCAGGGCGGGUGCCAGCCUGGUGCAGCUGUACACCGCAUUCGCGUACGAGGGGCCGGCGCUCAUCCCGCAGGUCAAGCGGGAGCUGGCGGAGUGCCUGGCUCGCGACGGCUUCAGCUCCGUGGCGGAGGCGGUGGGGGCGGACCUGCCGGAGGUGCGCG